AUGGGAGAACGAGGUCCAGAUCAAUGGCUAGAACAGAUUAAAAACUGUGUAGCAUUAUCCGAAUCAGACAUGAAACAACUAUGUGAACUAGUGAAGGAAUUACUAAUGGAAGAAUCCAACAUCCAACCAGUCCAAUCGCCAGUCACGGUAUGUGGUGAUAUACAUGGCCAAUUUCAUGACUUAUUAGAAUUGUUUAGAAUAUCUGGUGGAUUGCCCAGUGAUGAUAAUCAAACAAACUACAUCUUUCUUGGUGACUAUGUUGAUCGUGGUUAUUUUUCAUUGGAAACUUUCACAUUGCUAAUGGUUUUAAAAGUGAAAUAUCCUCAUCGUAUAACCAUGGUUAGAGGUAAUCAUGAAACCCGACAAAUUACUCAAGUUUACGGCUUUUAUGAAGAAUGUUUAACCAAGUAUGGAUCAACCACAGUAUGGAAAUAUUGUUGUCAAGUAUUUGAUUUCUUAACAUUGGCUGCCAUAAUUGAUGGCAAGAUUCUUUGUGUCCAUGGUGGCUUAUCCCCCGAAAUUAGAAUGUUGGAUCAAAUCAGAGUGCUUUCAAGAGCACAAGAAGUGCCUCAUGAAGGUGGCUUUUGUGACUUGGUAUGGUCCGAUCCUGAUAAUGUUGACACUUGGGCAGUAUCACCACGUGGUGCUGGAUGGUUAUUUGGAUCAAAAGUAUCACGUGAAUUUAACCAUAUAAAUAAUUUACAAUUAAUUGCUAGAGCUCAUCAAUUGGUAAUGGAAGGGUUCAGAUACCAUUUCAAGGAGAAAGACGUGGUUACUGUUUGGUCAGCACCAAAUUAUUGUUAUCGAUGUGGUAAUGUUGCUAGUGUUAUGCAAAUUGAUGAGGAUUUGGAACCAAAUUUUAAAAUCUUCAGUGCUGUACAAGAUGGUGAUUUGACUUUAAAGAAUAAUAACACUAAACAACAAAGAAGCGAUUACUUUUUGUAA